AUGCUCAGAGCACUUGAAGUCGCUCGUUUGACGCGUCCAUGCCAAAUACGAUGUCGACCACACCACUUUCCGGCCAUUCGAUCGAUCAACCGAUCUGCAUAUAGAGGCAAACCUUCGUCAGCCACGGCUGCAGCCAGGAAAUCUGACAUAUCGGAAGAUGAAUAUGUGGAUCCCUCAUCUAGUCUUGCUGGACCUGGACCGAGAAAAGCGGAAGUAGACGAUUAUAUUCAAGCUUUAGAAUCGUUCAAAGAGGAGAAAUCGGUUCCGAAACCGAAGAGAUUAAAGCUAUCCAAGCUACCAAGUCUUGCAAGACCCUCAUCAUUCGGUUCUGCUUCUGCUUCCGGUUCCGGUCCUGGUGUAUUACCGCCUGUACCAGACGUUGCCGAAGCUUCAUCUUCCAAAACUGUCGAGAAGGGAAUAGCACGAUCCGUCCCGCUCAGCAGAAAGGGCAAAGAGAAGGCGACGGAUCAAAAUGAAAACGACCCAGCUAUCGAUGGCUCCAAAUCAUCUGUCAAAGCUCUUCGUAGAAAUCCAGUUGGAGUUCAGAUGCUCUCCCCUUCACUUCACUCGCAGCUUUUUCCUGGUGAUCCUCUCACCGAGCCUCCGAAGAGUCUCCUUGACAUUUCGCUGAACCAUCUAAAAUUAAAUGGUCUGUCACCCAGUGCAGCAGCUGUAUUACCUGAAAUAUCAUUCGAUAUGCCACCGAUACACGGUAAUAACAUUCGAGAUCAUUUCCACACACUAGGUAAUGAGACUGCAGAACCCUACUUAUCCAUGGCAAAAGAAUUCAUGGCUGCUGAUUUACCAAGGAUGCCAGAAAAAUGGGAGAUGGAUAGAGCUGGUUGGACGAAAUACCAUUCUGAUGGAAGAAUGGAAUCUGUCGAUGAUCUUGGAGAAGAAACUCUUGUUUCUUUUGACGUCGAAACACUUUACAAAUUAUCUUCAUAUCCUGUCAUGGCUACGGCUGUAACUCCCAAUGCUUGGUAUUCUUGGUUAUGUCCAACAAUCUUCGAGGAUCCUCCUUCGGAAACUCCUAAUUCACCUGAACCAUGGGAUACACAAACACCAUCACAUCAUCCUCACCAUCUCAUACCGUUAUUCAAAGGUACUCAACCCAGAGUAGUGAUAGGACAUAACGUGGGAUAUGACCGUGCUAGAGUUCAAGAAGAAUAUUCAUUAGAUCGAACUUGUACAAGGUGGCUUGAUACGCUUUCAUUACAUGUUGCUACUCGCGGCAUCACAUCUGUUCAAAGACCCGCAUGGAUGGCCCAUAGGAAAAACAAAAGAGCUAAGAUCCUUAGAGAUCAAGAAUCGAAAGAUGCAUUUCAGGAAAUCGCAGAGGAAAAUGGUGAUUUGGAAAUGUUGCAAGGAUUAGAAGAUUGGUCAGGUGCAGCAGGAACCAUGGGGACAAGUGGAAAUGGAAGUCAAGAAGGUGAUUCUCAAGCAAUGCAGAAUACUUGGCAAGAUGUGACUUCAAUGAACUCUUUAGCUGAAGUAGCAAGUUUACAUUGUGGUAUACCAGUCGACAAAUCAGUUCGAAAUCGAUUUGCAGAUGAAUCGAUAACUCAUGCUUCUCAACUUAGAUCAGAACUUCAUGAUCUUCUCACAUAUUGUGCUGGUGAUGUAAAAAUCACUCAUCAAGUUUACCAAUCGGUACUACCUCUUUUCUUCGAAUCCUGUCCACAUCCUGCAUCUUUUGCCGGCGUUUUAUCUAUGGGAAAUUCGUUCUUGCCGGUCGACGAGAAUUGGGAGGAAUACCUGAAAAAGGCAGAGAUGACAUACCAGGAAAUGGACAAAGGUGUGAAGAAAGCUUUGAGAGUCUUAGCCGAGAAAUUAAGAAAAGAAGGAAAGAAAGAUGGUGAUCCGUGGAGUGAACAACUGGAUUGGUCCCCCAAAACUGCCAGAUGGUCGGAUAGUUUUCCGUCGAAUGAUGAAGGAGAACCGAAAUCAAUGGCUAUAGCAGCUGGCCUCGAUAGUUCGAGUCAGGUAUCCUCGAAAAACGUGUCCACUCCAACUGCUACACCGAUACAUUUACCUAGAUGGUUUUCAGACUUAUCGAAAGAUAGAUCCUUCGUUACGUCUUCCCAUGGUCAAAGAUACCUCUUACCCCUCAUUCUCAGACUAUCAUACAAAGGUCACCCAGUAGUCUAUUUAGCAGAUCAUUACUGGUGCUUCUUAGUCCCUCAAGAAAACCUUUCAGACUAUAUCGAUAUUCAUGGACCUCCAGUGGAACUCAAUGCGAAGAAAGAUCGACGUUUGGAAUCUCUCGAGGAUAAAUAUGCAUUCUUCAGGAUUGGAAGACCAAGCGAAGCGAGAAAGACCAAACUCGUCGGACCAGGAAUCAAAUCCUUAGUGAAUAAAGGAGAGUUAACUAGUCCACGCAACGACCUCCUAAAGGGAAUGUUUAAGUCGGACUUGUCAGGAAUGGAGGAUGACUUGCUACGCUGUGCUCAAGAGCUGAAGUCUCUAGGACACGGGGAUACAUGGGGUCAACAGCUAGAUUGGACACCAGUUCCACAAGAAUCCAUAUCACCUACAUUUUCUCCAUCUCCAUCCUCCUCAGGUACCCCUGCUCUCACCUCUCCCUCGAAUGCGUCGCCUGCUCGAAAACUCAAAUCGAAAUCCACUAAACCUGAUUUUGGCUCUUGGCCCAAGUGGUAUUGGGAUCUGACCGGUCCCCCAUCGCGUAUACCUCCUGGGGAACUUGAUUUGACGUUUAAAAAAACUGUCGCGCCUCUGCUGCUCCGGCUGCAGUGGCAAGGCUAUCCUCUUAUUCACAGUCGGGUCCAUCGAUGGCUGUAUCGCGUACCAAUAUCAACCGUCGAGUCGGAAUCCGCAGAUGUUUAUCAAUCUCGUGGUGGAAGGGUCAAAUUUGACAUGAAAGGUCCCGAUUCUAUCUUUUACGAGGAUCAAGAACACUACUAUUUCAGAUUGCCCCACAAGGAUGGCGAAGGAAAGAAUGUCGGUAAUCCCCUCUCAAAGAAUUUCGUUAAAUCAAUCGAAUCCGGUGAACUCGCUUCCGCAGCUGCAGAGUCAGGAGAUGAUGUAGCUGCGAAAGCUGCGACAGACGCGACCAAUAUGAACGCUUUGUGUAGCUAUUGGAUCAGUUCGAGAGAAAGAAUCAUGGAUCAAAUGGUUGUUUACCGAGAUCAAGAACGAAAAUCAGGAAUGAUUUUACCUCAAGUAAUUACAAUGGGAACCGUCACUCGUCGCGCUGUCGAGGGGACAUGGCUGACAGCUUCCAACGCUAAGAAGAACCGAGUUGGAUCAGAAUUGAAAGCAAUGGUUCGUGCUCCACCUGGAUAUUCCAUCGUUGGAGCAGAUGUGGAUUCGGAAGAACUAUGGAUAUCAAGUGUCAUGGGGGAGUCACAAUUUGGAAUGCACGGAGCUACGGCCAUUGGCUGGAUGACUUUGGAAGGUACAAAAUCAGCUGGAACAGAUUUACAUUCUAAAACAGCAAACAUAUUGGGUAUUUCACGUGAUGCUGCUAAAGUUUUCAAUUAUUCUAGAAUUUAUGGUGCGGGAAAAAAACAUGCCGUUCAAUUACUCUUACAGGGGGAUUCGAAACUCACCAAAGAGACUGCUGGGAAAUUGGCUGAUAAUCUAUAUCGAGCAACGAAAGGAUCAAAAACUACAAGAAGCAAACACCUUCCUCCAGCUCCUAUACCAUCUAUAUGGCAUGGCGGGUCAGAGAGUUAUCUAUUCAACACACUUGAAGCUAUUGCCCUCUCUGAUCGACCCACAACUCCAGCUCUAGGUUGUGGAAUAACCAAAGCGUUACGUAAAUCAUAUUUAGAAGAAGGAUCUUCAUAUCUACCUUCAAGAGUGAACUGGGUAGUUCAAUCUUCUGGUGUUGAUUAUCUUCAUUUAUUGAUAGUUUCAAUGGAAUAUCUCAUCAAGAAGUAUGAUAUAAAAGCAAGAUAUCUGAUAUCGGUACAUGAUGAAGUAAGAUAUCUAUCAAAAGAAGAGGAUAAAUAUAGAACUGGAUUAGCAUUACAAAUUGCAAAUGCAUGGACAAGAUCAUUGUUUUGUUAUAAUCUAGGUAUAGAUGAUAUGCCUCAAGGAAUAGCUUUCUUCUCAGCGGUGGAUGUUGAUCACGUACUUAGAAAAGAAGUUUUCUUGACUUGUGAAACUCCUUCACAUCCUAAAAUCAUACCUCCCGGUGAAUCAUUAGAUAUAAUCGAGAUUCUUCAAAAAACGAAUAAUGGCGUUCUCGGUGAAUCACUGGAAGGAGUCGCGUCGGAAACCAUCAAAAAUGCUCAAGCUCCUCCUGUAGCGUUAUUCCCCGACAUCAAAUCGAGAAACCAUCAAAUAUUCUUAGAUGCUCAAAAUCGCCGGAAAGGUGAUUUGGCGAAAACAUGGUUAGACAGUCUACCUUCUGUGAUAAACAGCGCUUGA